AUGAACGUCUUUCUGCUUAUCUGUGUCAUUCCACUAAUUUAUGAUAGAUUCAUAAGAUUUUUUAGCACCAAUAUAUUAAUAUAUUUCAUGUAUAGUAGAUGUUCCUUAUACGGAUACAGGAAUCGCUUUGCAUCCUACAAUUUUAAAGAUUAUAAUUUAAAGAGAUGCCCUUCACAAGUUAAUUUAUCAUUUCUCUCAACUAUUAAAUCAAUUAUUUCACCCAAAUCAGAUCAUAAAAUAACAACAACAACCAGUGUUUGCGGAAAGCCAGGAUAUAAUAAAAUAUUAGAAUCAAUAAUAUGGCCGAUUUUUAAUAAUAAAUGGAUUAGUAGUUUUAGAACACUUGAUGCUUCAUUAGAUUCUCAAGAAUAUAAAAUAAAUAAUACUUCACAAAUGCAAGGUAAUAAUUACGCAAUAGCCAGAGUCCCAGAGGAGGGAGAAAAGCUGUACCUAACUCUGUUUUGGAAAGACAGAAAACUAAAAAUGGAACGAGAUAAAUCUGAAACAAUUGGAGUUACAUUAGCAAGAAUGAAGAGGAAUUUAUCAAAGUCAGGAAAUGGAAAAAAUACGACACAGGUAGAAGAACUUGGAGAGUAUUCUGUGUCAUUUCUAACCAACCUUUUCAAAACAUUUGACGAGAGUUCAAAUUGCAAAGAAACGAUACUCAAAUCCUCAUUCAUAUCAAUCAAUGAUAAUUUACUAAAGUUGUUCACAAACGUGCCCCAGCUGGAUAAGGUGAAGCUGUUACACACAUGUAUGGUAGACUGCCCAGUCCCACUGACAAUAAAAGACGAAGAAGAAAAUAAUUAUUCACACGUAUAUGUAGAAUGGCUAGAUUCAGAAGGAAACCUCCUGAGCAACGAUUUGCAAUAUGUACCAAGGUUAUCAGAUUUAGGUAAAACCAUUAAGGCAAGAGUGACAAAUUCACUUAUGAAAUAUGAUAUAUUCGAGUCAAAUUUAUCAAGAGUUGAUUUAUCACCAAAUUGCCCAUGGCAAUUUGAAAGAAUAUCAAAAUUCAAUUCUCAUCCAAAAAACCAAGUUUCUAACCCAUUGCAGGACCAGAAUUACGAUACCAGAGUUGUUAGUUUCAACAUUCUAUCACCGACAUACUUAACGUCGUCAGACCCAUCAUCCACAUUCUUCCCAUAUUGCCCCGGUGAAUACUUAGAUUAUAAUUACAGAAAUCAGCUAAUUGGGCGAGAAAUAAACUACCUGGACCCCGACAUCCUGUGCCUCCAGGAGUGUUCACGUAAAGUAUAUAACGAUUAUUUAAAGUUCCUCUUUGAUACAAAGUAUCAUUCGUGGCUUACAGUCAAGGGUGGAAACGCAGGAGAAGGAUGCGCCAUUUUCGCAAAGAGGAGCCAGUUCACUCCCCUUGAACUUCAUGACAUGUACUUUAAAGAUAUUGUAAAAUCAGAUGAAUAUAAGCCAAUCACAGAUAAAUUGUGCACAAAAUGGCUCUUAUACAGCGAAAACUACUUUGACAAGUAUCACACAGUGUUCCAAUUUGGAUGUUAUCGUAAUAAAAGGAAUAAUAAAUAUCUUUUCGUGGCAAAUACACAUUUAUACUUUCAUCCAAUGGCAGGACAUAUAAGACUUUUACAGACCUAUGUAAUGCUUAAUGAGUUAGAAAAGUUUAAAAUCAAAGCAGCAGAUAAACAUGGGUUCGAUGUUAAUAGUGAUUCAUACACACUGAUGUGUGGAGAUUUCAACUCAUUCCCCAAUGAGUCUAUAUAUAACCUAAUUGUUACAGGACAUGUUUCCUACAAUCAUCCAGAUUGGUCUUUAGGAGAAAGAUUUGUAUAUGACAAGAGCUUUUUGGUGUCUGAUGGCUUUGAAAGGUUCACUGAACCACUUGAAGUUUAUGAAAAUAAUCUUAACAAAGAUGAAAUCUUGCAAGUUCCAAACUUUCAAGGUUAUUCUGAUUCAUAUGACCAGAAUCAAUUGCCAUUCACCAACUAUUGCCAAGUAUUCAACGGAACACUGGACUUUAUUUUUCACUCAAAUAAUGUCAAGGUAAAGAGGAAUAUGCCAGGAAUCAAAGCAGAAGAAGCAUCAGAAUACAUUGGAUUACCAUCAAAACUUUAUCCGUCAGAUCACCUGUCAAUCGCUGCUGAUUUUUAA